AUGGAAGAUGACUAUGACGAAGAUAAAGGGUGGGAAGGAGAUGGAGGAGACGGAGACUCUGAGGGAGGAGAGGAAGCUUUGGAAAAUCCUCAGGAAGUCUUAACGGAAUGUUUAGAAAAAUUCAGCACUCCCGAUUACAUUAUGGAACCUGGUAUUUUCACACAGUUGAAAAGGUAUUUUCAAGCCGGUGGAAAUCCUGAACAAGUUAUAGAUUUGUUAUCGCAAAAUUAUAGUGCGACAGCACAAAUGGCAAACCUUUUAGCCGAGUGGCUCAUUUCUGGUGGAGUCAAUGUAACAGCAGUACAAGCCAUGGUUGAAAAUCAUUUAAAAGAUAUGGUACUCAAAACAUUCGAUCCUAAAAAAGCAGAUACAAUAUUUACGGAAGAGGGAGAGACUCCUGCAUGGUUAACGGAAAUGAUUGAGCAUCCAACAUGGAGAUCUCUUAUCUACAGAUUAGCAGAAGAAUAUCCAGACUGCCUCAUGCUUAACUUUACAAUUAAGUUGAUUUCAGAUGCUGGUUUUCAAGGUGAAAUAACGAGUAUAUCGACAGCAGCACAGCAAAUUGAAGUUUUUUCCAGAGUAUUAAAAACAGCCAUAUCUGGAUUUUUGACAAAUGCAGACGACUGGCAAAAAAACAUUCAAGAGUGUGGGAAAAUGGUUUGUCAUGGUCAACACACAUAUGUAUAUAGUCAAGUCUUGCUUCAAGUUUUAUCGCAAGAAACAAAAGGUGGUUCUAAUAUGAAAAGACUGUCACAAGAAAUAAUAAAAUGUGCUCAGAAAAACCACCAUGACGUAACACCCAUAACGAUGGCUUUAAAUGGUGCCACACAAUAUCCACAAGCAUGUCAAGCUUUAACUUCCAUGUUAUCGAGAAAUAAUUUAAAUCCGGCUGAUAUAACAGUUUUGUUCAGAAAUUAUUCAGCACCUGAUCCUCCUCCGAUUGAUCUCAUAAGAACUCCACAAUUUUUAGAGCUUUUAGUGGAUUCUUUAUUCAAACCUGGUAUAAAAUUAAAUCCAGAGCAUAAGCCAAAAUAUAUUUACUUAUUGGCAUAUGCGGCAAGCGUUUGUGAUACUCCGGCUAAAAAAAUCGGUUCUUCUCGAAGGCAGUUGAACAAAGAAGAACUUAAACCGACACAGCAAGCCAUUGAAAAAGUUCACGGGAUUUGUAACACGGCCAAAGGAUCGGGCGAAUUGAUUGCAGAAUUAGGAUCUCUUUAUCAGUGCAUUAAGUGUCCCGUUGUUGCUGUUGGAAUCGUGAGAUGGGUUGAAUUCACCGUGACGGAACCCAGUUAUUUUAAACUUUCCACAGAACACACGCCCAUACAUUUAGCACUACUCGAUGAGGUUGUCACGUGUCAUCCUCUUUUACACACAAAAGUUUUAACAUUGUUAAUAGAAUUAUUCGAAUCCAAACAAGACGAAUUGGAAAUUCUCGUUCAGUUGGAAAUGAGGAAAAUGUUACUGGACAGAAUGGUGAAUUUAUUAAGUCGAGGAUGCGUCGUGCCCGUCGUGAAAUACGUUAAACACUGUUGGACAAGAGGAGACACGGACAUAUCAUUGAUACGUUAUUUCGUGACUGAAGUUUUGGAAGCCGUAGCACCUCCAUACACACUCGAAUUCGUUCAGUUGUUUUUACCGAUGGUGGAAAACGAAGAAAUAACUGGAUCAAUGAGAGGAGAUGGUGAAAACGAUCCCGUGUCCGAAUUUAUAGUUCAUUGCAAGGCUCAUUACAUGGUCGUAUAA